AAUAAUUUACAAAAUUACGAAAAAAGACAACGCCCUCCCCUUUUCAAGUAUCAGAAAAAGUUUACCGGAAAUUACGAAAAUACACAUGGAAGGAGCAACCGAGCGAGGAUCCCGUCAAUCUCUAUUACCCGGGAACCGACCCGACCCGAUCGGAAAACCGCCGGAGUCUCCGACGAUCCGGCUUUCGUUCCCGCGCUUCGUGCUGUGGUUCGAUCAGUCGAGCCGCGGUGGAGCUGUGGUGUCGUGGUCGAUCUUCUUCCUCCUCGCCGUGGGGGUCCCGAUGGUGUCGCACUUCGUGUUGAUCUGCUCCGACUGCGAUUUCCAGCACCGUCGUCCGUACGACGCCGUCGUGCAGCUGUCGCUGACGGUCUUCGCCGGGAUCUCGUUCGUCAGCCUCUCGGCCUGGUCGCGCAAGUACGGGCUCCGACGGUUCCUGUUCCUGGACAAGCUCUGGGAUGUUAGCGACAAGGUUAGGUUGGGGUAUGAAGCUGAAAUCCAGAAAUCAAUGAAGCUGCUCACAAUCUUUGUCCUCCCAUCGUUAACCCUAGAAGCAGCGUACCGAAUCUGGUGGUACGUGACGGGAUUCGACGAGAUUCCGUACAUCAUCAACCCCGUUUUCAGCCACGUCAUGGCCUGCACUCUCCAGCUCUUCUCCUGGCUCUACCGCACUUCGCUCUUCAUCUUUGUCUGCCUCCUCUAUCAGAUCACUUGCCACCUUCAGAUCCUCCGCCUCGAGGAUUUCGCGCGUUGCUUUGCCUCUGAGAUAUCCGACGUCAGCUCCAUCCUGUCCGAGCAUCUCAAGAUCCGACGCAAUCUGAGGGUUGUGAGCCACCGGUUCAGGCGGUUCAUUCUGUUGUCUCUUGUUCUCGUUACUGCCAGCCAGUUCAUGGCCUUGCUUACCACCAUCCGAGCCAGCAUUUCAUUCAAUAUCUAUGAAGUUGGUGAGCUUGUGUUAUGUUCGUUAAGCUUGGUGACAGGGCUAUUCAUAUGUCUGAGAAGUGCGACGAAGAUAACUCACAAAGGUCAAUCCGUGACGAGCCUUGCCGCCAAAUGGAACAUCUGUGCCACGAUAGACUCGUUCGAAGAUCUUGACGGCGAGACUCCAACAGCUCUGGUCCACCAGUCACAUAUAUUUCCCGUUCGUAACGUAAUCGAAUCCGAUGAUGAAGAAGAAGGAGAAGGAGACGACGAUCUUGAUAACACCAAGAUACUUCCGAUAUAUGCCCGAACCAUUUCUUUCCAGAAACGUCAAGCACUUGUGACGUACCUGGAGAACAAUAGGGCAGGAAUCACGGUGUAUGGAUUCAUGGUGGACAGAGCAUGGCUUCAUACGAUCUUUGGAAUCGAGCUUGCUCUUCUUCUAUGGUUGCUCAACAAGACAAUCGUGAACAUUCCAUGAAAAUUUUGGUCAAAGUCGCGGUUCUUUCGAGAGAGGAUUCCAGAGAUUUUCAUGGCGACAGUGUUUUGUACAUUGGUAGAUAGAUACAUACAUAUACGUAUAUAUGUAUGUGUGUAUAUCAAUGUCCGAUCCUUUUUUUUUUUUGACUUGGGUCAUUUGAUGUUGUAUCAAUCCCAGGUUGCCGAUGAUUCAACGCGUGGGAGAAAACGAUAUUGUUGUAUUUUAGUACACAAUUAAGUGCUGAUUGAUAUGUAUUGAUCAAUGUCCAUUCUAAUUAUCUUAUUGUUUUAGGCAGAAGUGUGGAUCAAUAAUUGAGAGUAAAAAUGGUUGUCGAAUGAA